GCAACAGUGGUUGAAAAAAAUACAGUGACACGUCCACCCACCCUGUCAAACAUCCACGGUUCUACUGUUUCUGCAUGACAAUUUUUCAUGUUUUAACAUUUAAAAAUGCCGUUGAGAUUGGAUACCAAGAGGAAGUUGACCGCGAGGUCUGACCGAGUCAAGUGCGUGGAUCAGCAUCCAACCGAAACAUGGGUUCUCUGCUCGCUGUACAAUGGAGAUGUGAACAUAUGGAACUACGAGACUCACACACAGAUCAAAAGAUUCGAAGUAUGCAACUUACCGGUGAGGGCAGCCAAGUUCGUCCCGAGGAAGAACUGGGUGAUCACGGGCUCAGAUGACAUGCAGAUCCGCGUGUUCAACUAUAACACGCUGGAGAGGGUACACGCGUUCGAGGCGCACUCUGACUACGUGCGCAGCAUCGCCGUGCACCCAACACAACCCUAUAUUCUUACUAGCAGUGAUGAUCUUCUGAUAAAGCUGUGGAACUGGGACCGCAGCUGGGCCUGCCAGCAGGUGUUUGAGGGGCACACACACUUCGUGAUGCAGAUCGUCAUCAACCCUAAAGACAACAACACCUUCGCUAGUGCCAGCCUGGAUACCACUGUCAAGGUGUGGCAACUGGGCUCCUCCAUUUCAAACUUCACGCUGGAAGGCCACGAGAAGGGCGUCAACUGUGUGGACUAUUACCACGGUGGUGACAAGCCUUACCUUAUAAGUGGCGCCGACGACAGACUGGUGAAAAUAUGGGAUUAUCAGAACAAGACCUGCGUACAGACCUUGGAAGGUCACACGCAAAACGUGUCAGCUGUUUCAUUCCACCCGGAGCUGCCGAUCCUGCUGACCGGUUCAGAGGACGGCACCGUCAGGAUAUGGCACGCUGGCACUUACAGACUCGAGUCAUCAUUAAACUACGGCUUCGAAAGAGUCUGGACUAUUUCUUCUAUGCACGGCUCCAAUAAUGUGGCUAUAGGCUAUGAUGAGGGGACCAUAAUGAUAAAGAUGGGCAGAGAGGAGCCUGCGAUAUCAAUGGACGUCAACGGAGGCAAAAUUAUUUGGGCUAAACAUUCCGAGAUGCAACAAGUCAACUUGAAGGCUUUACCAGAAGGUACAGAGAUAAAAGACGGAGAGCGAGUGCCAGUAAUGGCAAAAGACAUGGGUUCCUGCGAGAUAUACCCACAGACGAUCGCACACAAUCCCAACGGCAGGUUCGUGGUGGUUUGUGGCGAUGGGGAGUUCAUAAUAUACACCGCUAUGGCGCUAAGGAACAAGGCUUUCGGCACUGCGCAAGAGUUCGUCUGGGCCUUUGACAGUUCCGAAUACGCCACCUUGGAGAAUUCCAGUACUGUCAAAGUAUUCAAAAACUUCAAGGAGAGAAAGAGUUUCAAGCCGGAGUAUGGUGCUGAAGGUAUUUUCGGCGGCUUCAUGUUGGGCGUGAAAUCAAUCAGUGGUGUAGCAUUCUCCUUCUACGACUGGGAGCAUUUAGAGCUAAUCAGACGAAUCGAGAUUCAGCCACGCCACGUGUACUGGUCAGAGAGUGGCAACCUCGUGUGCCUCGCAACAGACGACGCCUACUUCGUGCUGAAGUACAACGCUGCGGUGGUCACCAGGGCCAGGGAGACCAACACCAACAUCACAGAGGACGGAAUCGAAGAUGCUUUUGAGGUGGUUGGAGAGGUAAAUGAAACGGUGAAGACUGGCAUCUGGGUGGGCGACUGCUUCAUCUACACGAACUCUCUGAACAGGAUAAACUAUUACGUCGGCGGCGAGAUCGUAACGAUAUCGCACUUGGAUCACAACAUGUACAUUUUGGGCUACGUCGCGAAGGAGAAUAGACUGUACCUGAACGACAAGGAGCUGAACAUCGUAUCGUAUUCUCUUCUGCUGUCGGUACUGGAAUACCAGACGGCGGUGAUGCGAGGGGACUUCGAGACCGCGGACCGAGUGCUGCCGACCAUACCGCACGACCACCGCACUAGAGUUGCGCACUUCUUAGAGAAACAGGGAUUCAAACAACAAGCGUUAGCAGUGUCCACGGAGCCCGAACACCAGUUCGAGCUGGCGCUGUCUCUAGGAGAGCUGCGGCGCGCAAAGCAACUAGCCGAGGAAGCAACCGCAGCCGAGGGAGUUCCCUCGCGAUCGUCAGCCGCGCGGUGGUCCAGGCUAGGAGCGGCGGCGGCGGCGGCAGCGGACACCGAACUUACGAAGAUCUGCUACCAGAGUGCGCAGGAUUACAGCGCUCUGUUGCUCUUCGCGGCAAGCACCGGCGACAAGCCGUUGUUACAAGAGGUGGCGCGGAUGUCAGCGGAGCAAGGAGACGACAACAUCGCGUUCCUGGCUUACUUCACCCUCAACGAUCUGGACCAGUGUCUGCAGCUGCUGAUCAAGAGAGACAAACUGCCCGAGGCUGCCUUCUUUGCCAGAUCAUACAUUCCCUCGAAGAUGUGCGACAUUGUGAAGCUGUGGCGGCAGUCGGUGAGCGUCACCAACGCCAAAUCUGGCCAGGCGCUCGCCGACCCACAGCAGUACGAGAAUCUGUUCCCGGAGUUUGCGGAAUCGCUAGAGUUGGAGAGGUUUCAGCGCACAUUCGGCUUCGACCACAUGUCGCAGAUGAGCAAGCUGCCAACAAAUUCAAAGACCUGCAACAUCGAGCGGGACCUCGCAGAGGAGAUGGCGGACGCGAUCAAACAGGGCCUGUACACACCGGGAGUGAAGACCCUCGAAAAUGGACCAAGUACUUCAGUAGAAGAAGACAGUACGGCGACGCAGCCGCAGCCGCCCCAAGAACAGAAAUUGAAACGUAAAGAUUCCCUCGAUAUAAUGGAAGAGAUCGAACGAGAAAUCGAUGGGAUGGAAUUGCAAGUAUCCAUCGAUAGCGUGGAUUUGUCGGAUGAAGCUGAUUUAAUGGACUAAAGAAUAAGUCUAAUAGUGUAUUUAGAUUUUUUAUUUUAUAUCAUUACGAUCGUGAAAAAUGUAUUUCCUAAAGUGCUAAUACGUUUAAGAUUAAAGUAUUAUACAUAUUUCUUCGCCGGUGUUUCCUUUAAUAUGUAUUACUGUACAAAUCACACAUGAGUGUAAUGUAUUCUUAAUGUUAAUAUUGGUUAUGAAUUAGUCUCACGAAUGUAUAAAUAGAAAUCGAGUUCGUUGAAGAGGUCGACAGCGCAGUACCUAGAAAUUAUGGCCGAUUUACACGGAGCGUAGUGGCUUCGACGCGGCAGUGCCUUUACUAAAUCGAAUCGCCUCGCCCCGUGUAAACUAUUAUGUACGCGUAGAAAUAAGUCAUGAAAAAGAUAUAUCUAAUGUUCAUUUAAUUAAUAAUAUUUUAUUACAAGACAAUUUACUGAUAUAGUUAAUAGUUAAAUUUAACUGGGAGAUUGGAGAAUAUCAACUGAUUUGUGUGAGCAAAUCGGUCGUUCCUUUGUAGACUGCGUAAUGGAUAUUGUCAAAACCGUUGUUGAAGUUUCACUUUGAUAUACCGAUAAUGAUGUAGUUUUUAUUGAAUUGUCAGACCCACAGGCAGACAUCUAGCUUGAUCAGCGUUAAUUACGCGUAAACUUUAGAUUCAUAGAUUUAAGUAUAAAUCUAGCGUUAUUGUCGAAAAGACAAAUUAGUAUACUAAUGUAAUGACAAUCGUAGAUGUGUGUCUGUGGUUAGAAUUGACAUUUUGGUACUUCCUUGCGAAUCCACUUAUUAUAGCUAUUUCGUAAUUAAAUGAAAUUGGACAAU